CUUUCGAGUCAAAUUCACUCGAUCUCAACGAUCAAAACCCAAACCCCCAAAAAAAAAAAAAAAAACUCUUCUUCUCCACUUCGUCGCCGGCUGUAAUGGCUCCGAAACCAAUUACGAGUCCAGUGCCGGAAGCAUGGUACCCAACUCUUUCGGUCGUCAUGCUCGCGAUCGGCCUCGUCGUCACCGCCUCUUUCUUCAUCUAUGAAGCAACAUCGUCGACGCGAAACCGCAGUCUUACUAAGGAGCUGACAACGGGAGCGGUGGCAUCUGUAUUCUUGGGUUUCGGCUCCUUGUUCUUGCUACUGUCUUGUGGUGUUUAUGUCUGAGUCGUAGAUGCAGUAGUCGUGAAAUUUUGUUGAGCCAUGUGAGAUUUUCAUAGAGAAUGAUACUCUUGACUUUUGUUGUAGCUAAAAGUAUUGUUCGGCUCUCUUCAAUGGAACGAUCUUCUCCAUUAUUCCAUUAACAGCAAUUGAUUUGUUGUCAUGUGGCAGAUGGAGAGAUUAUGAUCUGCACUGUUAUUCUUAGCCUGAGCUUAAUUUGAAUACCACGGGAUUUAUGACUUGAUAAUGGUUCUAUGCGUGUCUGUGCUAGCAAAAUAUUAUAUUAGAGACAGAACGAAGGAUUGUUUUAAAGCCUA